AUGCAAUAUCGAGGAAUACUUCGUUUACGCCGCCCGCUCAAGCAUGGCGUGGUCCAGAACUGGGACGACAUUGAAGAUGUCUGGCACGACGUUUAUACCAACCAUUUAAAGGUACCCGCAGCAAAUCAACCGCUCCUAUUAACGGAAACACCUAGAAAUCCAUUACAAUCUCGAGAAAAAAUGAUUGAGAUUGCUAUAGAAGGCCUGGACGCAUCUGAAGCUUACCUGGAAAACUCCGGCAAACUAGCGUUGUUAUCGCAUGAUAUCUAUACCGGCGUGGCGUUGGAUAUAGGUGAUGGUGUGAGUACCGCAGUACCGAUAUACGAAGGUCAAACUUUGCAUUACGCAAUUCUGCGCAAUGAAGAUCUCAUUGACCGGAUGCACAAUUGCAUUGAAGCCCUGCUCACGGACAGAGAUCAAUUAUUCCGACAGUCUGCGACAGGCAAUAUAACACGCGACAUCAAAGAGAACUAUCUCAGGGUAGGUACGGUCAAACCGCAAGAGUACGAAAUGCCCGACGGAUCUAUUAUGGUCAUCACUGAAAAUGAAGUCACCAAGUGUACUAAUCACCUAUUCGGUGCUGGUAUUGGAGAUGGUGACGAUGGCCUAGACGUAAUGAUCUGCAAAUGCAUUGACAAGUGCGAUGAGCAAAUACGUGAUGUGCUCCGCGCGAAUAUUGUGGUUUGUGGUGGUACCAGCUUAAUACCAGGGUUGGUGGAACGUUUGAAGAAAGAACUCCAUGCGAAAAAUGAACUAUUUAACGUGACAAGUGUAGAUACAUCGGAUCGACUAGAUCAACCUUGGAUUGGUGGUGCUAAGUUGUGUCGCAGCUUUUCAAGAUCGAAUUGGAUCAACCGCGCUCUUUACACUGAGCAUGGAUCUAAUAUAGUGCACCGAUACUGUUUUUAG